AUGGUAGAAGUUGCAGAAUUUUCGGGGGAAUUAUGUGAAAUCAGCUCAAUUGACUGUCAAGUUCAAGGUUGUUCAACUAGUGAAAGAUGUGUAGUUACUGAGAGAGACAAAUGGCGCUGUGUGCAUGAUCCAUGCAUUCCAAACCCAUGCCAACACAAUGCGACAUGCACGGUGGUUAAAGAUGCCUUCGAGUGUAUUUGUAUGAAUGGAUUCGAAGGUGCAUUGUGUGCAAACGAUAUUGAUGAAUGUGUGACCACACCUUGCAAAAACGAUGCUAUCUGUAUGAAUACUCUUGGGUCAUUUAUCUGUCUUUGCAAGGAUGGCUUCCGAGGCACUUUAUGCGAAGAGAGUACGUUAUGUGAUCCUAAUCCAUGUUUAAAUAAUGGAAUUUGUAGUAUUGUUGAUAACUUUUAUCACUGUAGCUGUCAACCUGGCUUUACUUCUGAUCGAUGUCAAGAACGAAUUGAGGAAGAAUGCAACUGCAAAAGUGAUAAGCAAAUUUGCAUCAAUGGAAUAUGCAAAUGUCCUGAUGGCUUUAUGGGCAAAGAUUGUGAUCAGCCGUUGUCAUGGUCAUGCCUAAGGAAUGGAGGCUGUGAAAACAGCGGUACUUGUCUUGAAACCACUGGUGGUUGUUUAUGUCCACCUGCUUUUACGGGUAUACGGUGUGAACACGCGCUUGAGUGCACCGUUGAUGGAAAUCCGUGCUUACAUGGCAACUGUAUAUGGUCUGCAAAUGGAACUGUCUGUAAUUGCAAGAAUGGUUUUGAGGGGAAAAAUUGCGAGAGAAGUGCCCCGGAAGUCGAUCCAUGCUUACGAAGAAGCUGUAAUGCUGGUCGGUGCAUAAGUAAAGGAAGUUCAGCAGUUUGUAUCUGUCCAGAAGAGAAUUCAGGCGAAUUUUGCGAAAAUACGAAUAUUUGUAAAACAGAGCCAUGCAUGAACGGAGGCAAAUGCCUUGCUGACUUUACAAAUACGUCUAACUUCAAGUGUAUUUGUGAUGGGCGCUUCAACGGUACACGUUGCGAACUGACAAUACACGGAAUGGAAUGUGUACCGGAGUGUAUGGCAGGUGAAACUUGUAUGCAAAGAAAUGGUACUGUUACCUGCAUUAAAACUCAAACAUCUUGUGACGAUUGUGUGCAUUCAUUGCGAUGCAUUGAAAAUGGUGAAUAUGCGGUAUGCGUUUGUGACACAUCUUGGACAGGACCUAAGUGUGACCAACGAAUUGAGGAAUGUCAAAAUCUCUCGUGUACCCAUCAUCAAAUAUGUCGAAAUGAGCUUACUAGUACUGGAACAAUAACUUCUUGUGGAUGUGCACCAGGUCUAACUGGUAUAAACUGUGACAUAAAUACUGCUGUGACAUUUCACAAUACUUCAUUCUUUCUCUAUCAAUCACCAAAUAGCGUUAUUGGGCAUUUCUUUAUAUUUUGUACAGACUUCUUUAUGGACAAUCAUUCUAUGAAAUUUAUUCAUCGCAAUUCUGUGCGGUUACCACAAUCCGAUUACUCAUUGAAGGUCACAUUUCGAACAACUGUAGACAAUACGCAUAUAUUAUCAACAGAAGAUAUCUUAAGUCAAAUACAAUUUGCUUUAAACAUACAACAUGGUUAUUUAUAUGGCAAUUUCACUGGUUUAGUUUGCCGAAAAUUAUUGCCAUUUACUGUAAAUGAUGAUCAUUGGUAUACUGUAGUAUUCAGUAAUACUAAUAAGAUUGUUUCGUUAGAAAUACGUGAAGGAGAUUUUGUUUUAUCGCGUUUAAAAAUGAACGAACGCAAAAAUAUGGGUAUUUAUUGGACAAGAAUAGGCAAAGGUCGCUCAGAUGGUUUCAGGGGUUGUAUUCGUGAUCUGUUUAUCAACGGUGAAUUCACUGAUAUGCUUAAAUCAGUUAAUGUAUUCGGAGUCGUAGAGGGAUGUCAACGUUCCAAAUUAUGUUCUCCUAAUCCAUGCCAAAAUAAUGGCACUUGCAUUGAUCAGUGGGAUGAAUUUCGUUGUGAAUGUAAAAAACCAUUCUUGUCACCAUAUUGCAUACAACAAACCGAUGAAGUGACUUUUGGAUAUGAUAAUUUAAAGUCUUUAUUGGAAUUAGAUAUAAAACAAAGUCUAGAAGACAUUAAACUAGAUACGUCUAUUGAUUUCUUGAUGAGAACCAACAAGCCGACUGGAACAUUGUUGUAUCUUGGUGAGAAGGAUAGCGAUGAUAUUGGAACCUUCAUAGCGUUGCAAAUUCUCAACGGUUCCUUGAAUAUACGAACACGAUUGGGAGGCAAGAAAGUGUUUUCAAGAAGUAUAUCAGAUAAAAUCGACGACAAUAAAGUGCAUUUGAUAAGUUUAGUCAGAGAUCGGAAUAAUUUCACUGUCGCAAUAGAUGGUAUGGCAAAAACAAAAUUCGAUAUUGAAAAUCGUUUUGAACAUCCGCUGCUAGCAGAUACCUUAGUUUUGGGCAGCAGUGAAAAUUUGCUUUCGGAUGCAUUUGAAAGUAGUGACUACUUCAAAGGGACAUUACAAGACCUACGUAUCAACAACCGUGUGGUUCCACUUACAACAUUACCAAAUGAUAUUGGAAUACAACAGUUUGGUAUUCAGAUCAGAGAGGACAAUAUUCUUCAGGGGACAGUAUCGGAUGAUAUUUGUGCUCUUCUGAAGCCAUGCGUAAAUGGAGAAUGCUUAAAUACAUUUAAUGAUUUUGAAUGUAUAUGUGAGUUUUCAUGGAUUGGAAAACGCUGCAAUCAACGUGAUCAUUGUGCUCUUUCGUCUUGUGGAGCAAAUGCAACGUGUAUUAAUUAUGACGGUGGUUAUGUUUGCAGUUCACCAGCAACAUUUGUGUCAACGUCGUUCGCAAAAUUUAAAUUGGAAGAUGGUGACGCUAUGAUGGAUAUUUUGAACCCUUUACAGAUAAGCUUCAUGUUACGAACUCGUUCAUUAUCAGGUCAAAUUAUUUAUUUGGUAAGCUUUAUUUUAAUUUCGUAA